AUGAGCAGUUUGACUAUUUCACCAAUUAAGAAGAGAAAUGCCUUGGGUGACAAGGAUGUAAAUUUGAGACAUCAUGGUGUGCAUAAAUCUUCUAGUAGGAGUAAUCAUUCAUCUCCUUUAAAGAACUCUAAUGUUGAUGUCGAUUUUGCGUUAAGACAUAGUCCAGUUAGGAAUAUUUCUCCAUCUCUGGAGCAAAACAAUUCCAAUAAUAUGCCUUUUAGUAUAUUUGAAGAAUCUGAAGAACAAAGAACAGCAACUAUGUUGCAACAUAUUUCCCUAGUUAAACAAUCGUCUUUUGCCGACGAAAAUGAUUACUCAAUUGUUAAGGAGAAUAUUUCACCAAAUAAAAUCAACAGAGACUCCAAAAUACAAGCUUUACAAAUGAAUCGUAAACCUUUACAGGAUAUAAGCAUCGAGGACUGUAAGGGGUAUAUAGAAGACCCAAUAACCCACGAAGUUACUCAACUUACUUUACACACAACUCAGAAAACUGUUCUACCUGCCGAUAUAACGCCUCCUAGAGAUAAUAAGAUAAAAGAACAUUUUACUAAUACAAGAGUCUCAAACCAAGUGGAUAAAUCAAAAUCUCGUACUACCGAUGAUAUAUCUAAGGAUAAAGUGGUCAGAAAAUUAAAUUUUGAUAUUUUCGAAAAUUAA